CAGUCAUCUGGGUUUUAGGUGGUCGGGAUUCUCCGUUCUUUUCUUUUUGUGCUUCGUGUGAUGGGUUCUGCAAGUAUCCAGGAGUUUGGAUUGAGGAAGUUAAGGUAUCCCGGGCGAGGUUAGUAGUGUACAGAGAGGCUUGCGGUGGAAACGAGCGGUGGGCACGACAGCGGAUGGACACGUCUUGCUGCUGAGGUCUUUUCUGUGAGAUGAGAAGAGGUAGGUAAUGUAAUGUACAUGCGGGUAAGCGGUCGGUUGAGAGGGGGGGGCGUGUUGGCAACGUGUAGUGAAGGUGAGUCGUGGAAAUAAUGUGGAUGGCCGGUUUUUGUGGAAGGGGCCCUGAAUGGGGACGCCCUGAGGGUGACACGGGGAGAAUUGGUUAUAAAUUUUUGGUUUCGAAGGACGAGGGGGGACUGAGACAGAGGGAAAUAAAGGGGUUGAUGGGGGAUGGGAUGACCUUGGAUGGGCAGAGAGACCUCGGAGGAGAAGAUUUCUCGAGUGUUUCCAAGGCGGCUCGAGGUCGGAGGGGGAUCCAAAGGCGCGAGGGAGAGGGUGUGAUUGGUAAGGGGGAGCGUUUGCGAGAAAGAGAGAAUGGUUACAGGAACACAAUAAACAACAUGACGACGCUGACCGACCCCACAUGAGGCAGUGGAGGUUCUUUUUUGAUCCCACUAUGUUGCUCCAAAAUAAGCAUUGUUGAGCGGUGGAUGGUCCCCUCACCUUCAGUGGUGCCUUCCUCCUGUGACACAUGGCCGGGGAUCUCAGUUAUUUCCACGCUCCGCUUGCUUGCAUCUUUCGACCUUUUCCACGCAUCCCAGAUUCUUUAUUUCCUUACCUUAGGUAGGUACGCCCUGUCGGUAGCCGCCGGGGAAGAGCAACCUCACUCAACCUGUGACACCUGUCUGCCAACAUCAACCUGGCACGGCUCCUGACCGACAGCACCACAUCACACCACUCUUUUUUAUUUAUUCACCUGCCUUUCAAUAAAACAAGACUCGUUCGCUCCCUCACGACUUUUUCUUUUCCUUUUACCAGUCACUCUCUCUUUUUCUUCAUUUAUUUUUCACUCGAUCCCCAUUCCCGCUCCCUUUUGGGCAUCGAUACGAUGGCCACCUUAUUCUUUAUGCUCUUGAUGAGCAUUUUUUCGACUUUCAUUCAUGCCAUUCCUACCUCGACCGGCCAGAAGGUGACGAAAAGGUCGGUUACUGUCGACCUGCCCCGAAAUCCUGGGUAUGCUCCCAAUGGUCGUCUGCAGUAUUCUCGCGCUCUCAAGAAAUGGGGUGUGCCUAUGGAUGACGAGCUGGAUAAUGCGACAAACAGUUUCAGAGGAGGAGGAGAAACGGGCGAUGUCAACGCGGAGAGCAUUAUGGGUGAUCGCGAAUACCUCAGCCGAGUCGGAUUCGGAACACCCUUCCAGUACCUCAACGUCGACCUCGACACCGGCAGCGCCGACGUUUGGGUCUACUCCUCCGAGACCAAGACCAAGACGCGCCGCGAAGACAUCUUUGAGUUGGAAAAGUCGUCCACCGCCGAGCUCCUAAACGGAAGCGAGUGGAGGAUCACCUACGGCGACAGUAGUUACGCCUGGGGCCACGUCUAUCACGACAGCAUCGACAUUGGGGGAAUCCCUCUUCACAACGCGGUGGUUCAAUCCGCUGUGGACGUCUCCCAAUCGCUCUCCUCGGACAAGGACAUUGACGGCAUUUUUGGUUUGGCGUAUAACCUCCACAGCCAGGUCAGACCCAAGCAGCCUACCGUUCUUUCAACCCUCAAAAGUCAUCUCGACAAACCGGUCUUCACAGCUGACUUGCGGUACCAAUCAGAUGAAGGAGCCUACACGUUUGGUUACAUCGACCACCACCGACACAUUGGAGAGAUCAAUUACACGCCACUCCUGCCCAAUUCGACCUUUUGGGAGUUUAACUUUACGGGUCUGCAUGUUGUCGGACAUAACUAUUGGUACAUCUCCCAGUGGCGGGUGAUUGCCGACACGGGCACGACGCUCAUGUUGUUGUCUCCGGAUAUUGUGAACAUGUACUACGACGCGGUGCCCAACGCGACUUCGGACAGGUCUUUUGGGGGGCUGUGGCACUAUCCUUGCAAUACCACGUUGCCGGAUUUCGAGAUUGGGUUUGCGAAUGGGUGGGUGGCGAGGAUUCCUGGGAGGUAUAUGAAUUAUACCACGUAUGAUGAUUUGCCGGGGCGGUGUAUGGGGGGUUUGCAGCCUUUCAUGAGUGAGGAGUUUGGGAUUUUGGGGGAUAUCUUUUUGAAGGCAGUGUAUGCUGUUUUUGAUAUCGGGGGUGGGAAGGUAGGGUUUGCGGAUAAGGAUUUAGGGUUGUAA